AUGUUGAGAUUAUCGGCCAAUUUAUCCAGGGCCACCAGGGCCACCAGGGCCACCAGGGUCACGGGGCUUACCAGCUGCCGCUCAACUCUGCUAAUAUCGACUCACAAUUUCACAACCACAACCCAACUUCUAGCCACACCAAGACAAAAGGAAGGUAAAUCGAAACAGAUUUUAAGAAGGAAAGUGGUGGAAAAGGAGAAAGUCAAGAAAUCUACUGGAUUAACCCAUCACCCAUUCAAAGAUGCCGUUCAACAAUUAAAUUUGGAAAAAUUGGCACCUCCAAUGGAUUAUGUUGAGCCAUUGAGUAAGGAUUGUUUAAGUUCAUCAACAAUCACUGUAUAUCCAUCUGACAUCGAGGAGAAGUUGCGCACAUUCCAAGCAUUUAAAAAGUUUCAACAUCACGAAAUGUUUAGAAACCCAGUGUCGUUGACCACUUCCAACACUGUCAAAAUUUAUGACAGUUUUGUUAAAAAUUUAACAAAUGAGUCCAAAACCAAUCGUAAAUAUAUCGAUGGGAUCAAGGGCAGUGGAAAGUCUACUUUGGUGAACCAGGCAUUGGCAUUAUCACUCCAGGAAUUCGAAAAUGAUGUUGUUAUAUUACACUUGCACUCGGCUGAUAUAAUAGGAAAUGGAUCCUCUGACUAUUUUAGAAACAAUAAAUUGGGCUUGUAUCAGCAACCAAUGGCCACAAAGAGAUGGUUGAGGAAGAUCUUGAAUGUCAACAAGGACGUUUUCCAAAAACUCAAAUUAACUCAAGAUGUUAAGUUUUACCAAGACAAACAAGAGUACAAUUUAAAAGCUGGUGAAGCUUCUUUGUACGAUUACCUUUCACAAAAUAGAGAAAUCAACAAAGGUCAGCCAACAACGGCAUUCCAAUUCUUUAUCAACCAAUUGAAACAACAUUCGAGAACGGUGCCUGUUAUCUUAUCAGUUGAUGAUUUCAAUGCAUUGGCUGAUUUUUCAACAACUCAAUAUCGCUCACCAGAUUUCAAACCCAUUCACAUAAGCGAAUUUGAAUUGGGUGAUUUCAUCUUGAAGGCAGCCAGCGGCGAAUUGAGUUUUGCUAAAGGUGGAGUCUUGUUGGCCAAAUCGUGUGAUUUCGCACCUGCUAGAAAGACAACCCAUGUGGCGGUAUAUCCUCAUGACGAAUACGAUCCAUACAUGAAGUAUCCAAAGUUGGAUAUAUCAGUAUCGCAGAGAUUGGCAUCCAAUGGAGGAAUAGAGCCUGUCAAAGUUUCCCCCUUGUCUAAAGAUGAAGUUCGUGCAUUGUUAUCAUUUUGGAGGGAUCAACAAGUGUUGAUAACAAGACAAGACUUCCACAAGAAAGAAUUCAAUGACGACCAAGCCGAAGUUGUUGAACAAGAAAUUGAUCCUGAAUUGCAAUUUGAAAAAUUAGUGCAGUCGAGUUUUGUCGUUUCACAAGGAAACCCAUACGGAAUAUUGAAACACAACUUGAUCAGUUAUUAA